AUGCCAGGUAGUAAGAAGGGAGUCUUCAAAUUUUUAGAGCCAAUGUCUGCGACUCACCUUGGAGCGUUGACUACUGGAUCGUUUUUAUAUUGUCACGAUUUACUCGAGUCGGGACGACUUUUCAAAGCAUGCGUGGGCUGUACCGAUGAAGAAGGAACGGGAACCUACAACUCAAACUUUGAAUCUCUCAUGUCACGCUAUGGAAUCAAACCUUACUCCACGUACAGAAUAAAACCGUCGGAUGUAACUAUUACGAACAAAAGACUGGUAUUACGUUUGUCGUACGGAGGGCUUCGAGCGAAACCUUCCGAACCGGCAAAGUUCAAAACCGGUGACAAAAUUCGGAUCAGCAAAUUCAAAAACCUGUUUGAGAAAGGUUACACUUCCAAUCGGACGACUGAAAUAUUCACAAUAAGCCAAGUGGAAAAUACCAAUCCUGUGACGUACAAGCUCAAAGACUACCAAGGUCAACCCAUCACUGGUGGUUUCUACGUACAGGAACUUCUUAAGGUUGAACAUCCAGACAUCUAUCUCGUGGAGAAGGUGCUCAAGAAGCAGGGAAAAUAA